AUGGUGAGAUCUCGAGAAGAAUCGCUCGAGCAAAGGGAUCAAAUGGCCAAACUGAUGGAAAUGAUGACAGCCUUGGUCAAAGGAAAGGGACCUAUACAGAGCCCUGACAUCGUAGAACCGCCUCAGUCAAGAGCUAAUCAAGAUCCACUUUAUCCCCCGGGAUUUACUCCACCUCAUGUCCACGCAAUGCAAAGAGGAUACCCCCAAAGAGAACCUACAGGCCUGGAACAACAUCCUGCUCCAUCUGCUCAUUUAGGACAAGGAAUGUUUGUAUCAAACCCUGGGGCUAAUCCUUCAGAUCCAAUUGUCUCAGACCUAGAUGAUCCUGUGGAAAUAGCAAGGCUGAGAAUUGAUGACAAUAACGCUCAGGAUAAGUAUAGGAUUUUGGAAGAAAGGAUCAAGGCGGUAGAGGGUGCAGAAGUUUUCUCUGCUUUGAGUGCCAAAGAACUCAGUUUGGUACCUGAUCUAGUCUUACCCCCAAAAUUUAAGACACCUAAUUUUGAGAAGUAUGACGGAACAAGAUGUCCAAAGGCGCAUCUGAUCAUGUUUUGCCGAAAGAUGACUGGUUAUGUAAACGAUGAUAAAUUGUUGGUGCAUUGCUUUCAAGAUAGUUUGGUUGGCUCAACUCUUCGAUGGUAUAAUCAGCUCAGUAGAGAGAGAAUCCGAUCAUGGAAGGAUUUGGCAUCAGCAUUCUGUGAGCAAUAUAGACAUGUAUCGGAUAUGGUGCCUGAUCGACUAACUUUACAAAUGAUGGAAAAGAAACCGACAGAGACUUUUCGGCAAUAUGCACAAAGAUGGAGGGAUAUCUCUGCUCAGGUGGAGCCCCCGUUAACUAAGACAGAGAUAACAGUUCUCUUCAUCAAUACUCUGAAAGCACCGUUUUACGAUAAAUUGGUAGGAAGUGCCACAAAGGACUUCGCGGAUAUUGUAAUAUCCGGGGAGCUUAUUGAAAAUGCCGUCAAGAGUGGGAGAAUGGAAGGCCCCGAGAGUUCAAAGACAGUAGUACCCACAAAGAAAAAGGAGGCAGAGGCUCAUAUGGUUGGAACCGAGAGUCACUGUGCCCCCAAUUCGUACCCCGCCCAAUCACGACCUCAUUAUCGCCCACCUUCAAACUUCUACUUUCCUCCUCAAGGUCCUUACCAUCAAGCACCUUCGUCUUACCCCGUUUAUGCUAUGAAUAACCAAAGACCAUUCACCUUGUUCCCACCAAACACCAUGCCUACACAAAGCCAACCUAAAAAUGACCAAAGACUAGCAAGACCCAUUCCUAAAAAACCUCAAUUCACCCCAAUUCCUGUGCCAUACGAAAAAUUAUACCUGAAACUGUUGGAGAAGCAAUUGAUAUCCCCACAUUACAUGGCACCCCUGAAGCCCCCAUACCCAAAAUGGUACGAUCCUAAUGCUAAUUACAUGUAUCACGCUGGAAAUCAGGGGCAUUCUACAGAAAACUGCCUUGCCUUUAAAAAAAGGGUUCAAGAUCUCAUUAAUGCUGGCAUUCUGCGAUUUGAUGGCGUUAGUAAUCCUCUUCCUAACCAUGCUGAUGGGAAUGUGAAUGUGGUAACAAAUGAAGAUGGAGGGCAAGACAAUCCAAGAAGCGCUUUGAUUGAAAAGGGUCUUCAGAAUAUCAGCCUAAAUGCUAUUAACAAUGAGAAUGAUGAAAUUAAGAAUGCUUCAAUGAUACGCCCUUGUCCUCCAGGAUAUGUUUUGAACAACUGGACUGCUGUGGACCUCCUUGUAGUUUCUAAGUCCCCUUCAGAGUGCUCAGAUAUCAAUGGCAUGAAUAAUCCCGUUAUGAAUCCUGAAAUCAAUUUUGAGAAGGUUGUUUGUUUAGGAGAAUUCGAAGCUGACGAAAAUGUUGAAGAUUGUGUCUCGUCUCCUGACUUACUGAGAAUGGUGGAACAAGAAGAGAAACAAAUCCUACCCCAUCAAGAAUCUGUUGAGGUAGUGAACUUGGGGAGUGAAGAAGAGAAACAAGAAGUGAAGAUUGGGACUUCCAUUUCAGAAAACACAAGGCAAGAUUUGAUCACCUUGCUCCAUGAAUACAAGGAUGUGUUUGCCUGGUCUUAUCAGGAUAUGCCAGGAUUGAACACGGAUAUUGUGGUCCACAAGCUCCCACUGAAACCAGAAUGCAAGCCCGUUUAG